AUGCUGGACAGCAAAGUGUUGAAACGAGAAUCUAUAGCAGAGAUGUUAAUGUUGAGAUGGAGUGAUUUGGCCAUGGAGUGCCUAUUGAUUGAUCCUAAAGAGCAUCCUAUGCUCCUGGCAGAGCCUUCUUCAAACUCUCAACAACAGAGGGAAAGGACAGCAGAGCUUAUGUUUGAGAAGUACAAAGCACCUGCAUUGUUUUUGGCGAAGAAUGCUGUUCUGACUUCUUUUGCAUCGGGGCGUGCUACGUCAUUAGUUGUUGAUGGCGGUGGAGGGUCAACUACAGUUGCACCGGUACUUGAUGGUUAUGUUCUUCAGAAGGCUGUGGCAACCUCUCCAAUUGGAGGAGAAUUUCUUACAGAUUGCUUGAUGAAAAGCUUGGAAAGCAAGGGUAUUACGAUGAAACCACGUUAUUCCUUUAGGAGAAAGGAAAUACGCCCUGGAGAGUUUCAGACAGUAGAUCUUGAUUUUCCAAAUACAACUGAAAGCUAUAAACUAUAUUCACAGAGGGUGAUUGCUAGUGAUAUCAAGGAAUGUGUGUGCCGAGCUCCGGAUACACCUUAUGAUGAGAGUGCAUAUUCAAACAUCCCAAUGACCUCAUAUGAGCUUCCUGAUGGCCAGACCAUUGAAAUUGGAGCUGACAGAUUUAAGAUUCCAGAUGUUCUUUUCAAUCCGAUCGUGGUUCAGUCAAUUCCUGGAAUGGAGAGCUUUGCAGAAAUUGCUCCUUCAGUUCGAGGCCUGCCUCAAAUGGUCAUUGAAAGCAUUAACAAGUGUGAUGUAGACAUUCGAAGAGAGUUGUUUAGUAGUAUACUGCUUGCUGGUGGUACAGCUUCAAUGCAACAACUAAAGGAACGCCUUGAGAAAGACUUGCUAGAGGAGUCCCCUCAAGCUGCCAGAGUAAAAGUAUUGGCCAGUGGGAAUGCUACUGAAAGAAGAUUUAGCGUUUGGAUAGGGGGUAGUAUAUUGGCAUCUCUUGGCUCCUUCCAGCAAAUGUGGUUCUCCAAAUCCGAGUAUGAAGAGCAUGGAGCUUCAUAUAUCCAAAGGAAGUGUCCAUGA